CAAUAUCUAGCUGGCAUAUACACCUCCACGUUGGCUUAUACUUAUAUCCCGAUUCAUCUCCUUCCCUGUAUUCGUCUCUCACAUCGUAGAAAAAAGCCCUAGUUUCAGGGCCAUGCCAUGAAAGAAGCAGAGAGCGUGAAGAAGAAGAUGAUGAACGACCAUUACUCGGGAUGAAGAAGCAUCUCUCUCAGUGGAAGCUCGUCGCUAGGAAGAGAAGCAUUAGGGAUUUCAAGUGAGAAUGUAAAGUAUUGCUAUCACAAUAUUCCUGCUAAUCUUGAAAUUACAUCAAAGGAAGGAAAGAACCAUAGUCGACGAUUUCACAGAUGCUCUCAGUGGAAGAAGUAAUUAAUUGGUUGAAGAGGAAAAAUGAUCAACUUAUUGAGCAAUGCAAGCAAUUACAAUCUGAAAGUGAAAGAGGGCUGUCACAUUUGGUAGAUGAUAUGGGAACAGGGAGAUUACUUGAUGAGUGCUCGAGUUAUAUGUUCCCGACAAGGCAAGAAGAGAAAGAAAUACUUCACAUGAAAGUGAAAAAACUAAAAGUGAAUAAGAAAGAUAUUAGGAAGAAAUUGUUUAUGGUAGAAGCAGAGUUGGAGAACAUGAAAAACACUCAUGUAUCAAAAGCAGAGUUUGAAAGAGUAAUAGUGAAACUUGUAAUAGUUGGAUUUGUUUUAGUUUGUGUAAGUGUAUCAAUUGCCUUAAUUGUUGUGAGAAAAAAUGUAAGGUAAGAUUAGAAUGUGUAGUGGCUAGAAUGUGUGUCAGGUAUGGUACAUGUGAUUCCGACCCGUUAAGGACCCAGACCCGCUAAGGACCCAGACACACUGAAACAUAUAUAAAGUGAUUAGUUAUAACACCUUAAAUAAAAUAGAAACUAAUAUACAUAUAUACAUAAUAAUACAUAAAGUUAUUAGUUGUGAAUUUGUGAUUAUUCAAUAAAAAUAUACACAUUAAUACAUAAAUACUACGGAGUUUAUAAGUGAUACUGAUCAAGAUAGUAAGAUACCCUACAACUAAUAUUUAUUACUAUUAUUAUUAAUUUUUUAUAUCAUUAUCAUAUAUAAUACUACAUAUGAUUUUAUACUCUUAGUAGUCCAAGAUACCUUUUUAUGACUUAAUUUCUAGUUUAUUCUACGAGUUUUUUAUGCGAGAGAAAGCGGCACAAAGUGUGGAGGUAUAUGCCUGUACAAGAACCGAUACUUUAUUAGAUAAAAGUACUAAUUUUCUAUGAGAGACAUUGAUUUUUUUUUGAAAAGUGAAAAUAUAUUUUGUUUUUAAAUUUGUACAC